AAGAGGUCAGGAUCAACUUUAUUCUUGCCAGCUCUUCCUGGACAAGUACACAAAAUUGAUAGUGAUUGGGGAAACAUCGUUGCUGUUCUCCAUUCACAUAACUGCCGGGAAUUUGCAAAUCAGCUGGAACAUAAUCUUUCAAUGUGCCUCAAAAAGUAUGCAUCUGUCCCAAAAACAAUUGAACUUCCUCAAAUGACACAAAAGAUGUCUGCAGAUGAACUUGUACAUAACUUUAUUGUGCAAAUUGCGGUGCUUUUAAUCAGUAGACAACUACUUACCGACAAGUCCCAAUUUGAAGACUUUGUGGAAACACUAAUAUUGAGGAACAACACGCCUCAAUACGUUAUUUGGCUUGAUGAUAAAGAUGACUUUCGUGGGUUUGGUACAUUAGUUAGUCAUCAGUACCCAACCCUGGAGGCACCGCGGCUGGCUCGGUUGGUCCAGCUGAGCAGCAAUGAAGAGGCUGACAUUGCACAAGAGGCUGAGACCAUUGCACAAGACAUAACAACUGUGAUUUGCAACCUUACUGGUGAGCUGAGUAUGGCAUGCUACAAAUCCUUAGAGAACACUCAACAGUUCCUGGCUGACAACAUGGACCUCCAUCAUGUACUGAAACGUCUGGAACAGGACAACCAACUGAGUCCAGAUGAUGUCCAAAACUUUAAGGAGAAACCUGCAAGUCUGAUAGACUGGCUGAAAGACAGCAAGCGACAGCAGGACUUGUAUGACUUUUUAGGGUGCAUUCUUAAGGAGGCAGGUCAAGACUUCUUGGUUGAAGAGAUAGAAGACAGUGAAAGAAAUGAGGAGGAGGCCAUCAAGGGUGUGGAUCAACCUGUUCAGGUGGAGAAGGCAGGGCAAAUUGGAACUGAAUUGCCAGAGAAGCAUCCAGGAAAACAUUUCAAACUAGAAGUUCCUACAGCAGCAAUGCAAAAAGUUGUUCUUCUUGGAGAGGCUGGGGCAGGGAAGUCCUGGCUUGUCCUGGCUAUCACAAAGGGUGAAGCCCAAGUUGAGCACAAGGCCAAGGAAACAACAGGUGUGGACCUAACUAGUUAUCAUGACACAAAACAUGGUGUGAUGUACGAGCUGUACGACUUUGGGGGUGAUGAGAUCUACCACAUCACACAUCAGUUCCUCUUCACACCACAGACAUUGUAUCUCUUAAAUGUUGACCUGCAUGACUACAUCUCAGGAAAGUUCCCGCAGUCUCUCGGAACUUGGCUCACAUCUGUCACAAGCCGUGUGGUCAACCCAUCCAUCACAGUUGUGGGAACAAAAAUAGACCUGCUUCCAAACCAAGAUAUGAAAGAAAGUCUGUGCCAUCAGAUCAAGAAAGACAUUGAAGCUACUGUAAAUGCUGCUGCACUAGACAACUUGACAAGAGAAAUUCUAAGCUGUGAAGAUGCUCUUAAAGCUCUUGACAAUGAGUCUGAUGUUUCCGAACAUUUCUAUGGGCUUACCAAAGAAGACAUCAUUGCAAAAAAGAUGUCAAUCGAGAAAAUUAUCGAACAAAGAUCUCGAUACCUGGAUUAUGUGCAGGUCCUUCCAGUGAGCAGCAAAACAUUUGAAGGGGUGGAAGAUCUGUGUACUAGGAUGGCUGAGAUGACACUUAACAUACAAGCAGAGCAAAGAUGCAAACAUUCCUGGAUCAGUUUCAGAGAGGCAAUAAGAAGAGAUAAAGAGUCAUGCCUACACAUGAAGGAAUGCCAGAAGAUUGGCUCAGCUGCAGGGAUGACGGAGUCAGACAUCCUGAACGCACUCAGCUAUCUCCACGUGACUGGGCAGAUCCUGUUCUACAACGACAUCAGGGGGAUGGAGGAUAUCAUUUUCCCAUACCCAGGUAUCGUCCUUGGACUCUUUAAGCAGAUCUUUGAAAAUGACAAGAAAGAACAGCUACACAAAUACUCAUUAGGGAUGACUGAGAGGAAAGCAAACAGUCAUUUGAAGGUCCUGCUUGAGGACAAGACUGCAAUCUUUAACAAGAUGCUGCCAUUGCUGAAGCACUUUGGCUUGUAUCACUCAGGGUUGUUUACUCCUGUUCUGCCAACAGCAAAGCCCGAGGAGGAGCUGCAAUCUGAUCCAGGCAAACUACAACCAGGAUAUGGCAGUAUCUCCAUAUACAUGGAGUAUUUGCAGAAUGCACCUGUUGGUUUUCAUGAAGCCAUAGUCUCACGUCUUCUAUCAAUACCUCAGACCAAGUAUGAUCUCCUCAGGAAAGAUGCAGGUCGCCUUUAUCACUGCCAAACUGCCGCAAACUUUAAGGACUCCAAAACAUAUCAAUGGAAGAUUCAGACACUCCAUAUGCAUACAUUUGGAGCCAGAAUUGAGCAGGUAGAAAUGUCUUAUUCGUGCACUCCCAUGGUGGACAGAAUACAAGUAUGUGGGAAGUUAAGGAGUGCCUUUGGCUUAGUGAAAGAGAUCAGUGAAGCAGUCAUGCAAGUGUGCCAAGAUUUGUUCCCCAUGCUGUACAUGAAAGGCACCAUCAAAUGUGGAGGAGCAUUCAACUCCGUUACCUUAGAAGCUACAAGAAGACACAGAGCGACUGAGCUGAUGAGGCUAUCCCAGGGGAAAUCUUUGGAGAACAUAAAGCAUGACGCGCACAAGCAUUACUUGGAUAAUCAGUUGUACAAGAUUAGCAGGGAUCUUGGAAAGGAGUGGAAGCGCCUGGGACGUGAGCUUGGGUUGGAGCAGGAGACUUUGGGCAGGAUACAGGAAGACUACAGGAGAAGUGAGCAGGAUACGCAACGGGCAUUCCAGGUGCUGAAAUUGUGGUACACCAAGAGCAACAAAGGGCCACUACAGUUCCUGCCACAACUGGAGGAAGCACUUAACGCCAUGAGGAAAAGAAGUCAGGCAGAUGAUAUUGGUGACCUUAAUGAAAAAUACCAGGAAAAAACUGUGGUUAAUCCCGAAACAGGUGACAUGAAAUGGUCUGUCCAUCUGACAGGUAAUGAAGGGAUAUACCUGUGCAAAAGGACCAACCUGGGGGUGGUGACGCCCUGCAAACUGCAUGUGUCAUAUUGGUGGGAGAACUGGUCUGCACAUGAAUGGAAGGAGGAGGAUAAGGAGAAGUGGAGGCCAGUGGGUCCAAUGUUCUCCAUCAAGUGUGAGGAGAUGGAGGGGCCAGUGGACAUCCUACUGCCACACGUGCUACACCUUUCAGAGAAUGAAGCAUCGGCUAUCAACACAGAGGACUUCAAGGUUGUCCACAUAGUGGAAGGGACAGCAGAACUCCUCUCCACAACAGAAGUGACCACCACCCAUGUCAUCACCCGGUUCAAAAAGGGCAGUGUCUUUGGCCCCAUUAUGAGAAGUGACCAUGGGAAGGACUAUCCCACCAAUGGUCUGUUUGUGGUGUUUGCACCAGUAAACCUCAGUCCUAAAUGCCAGAUCCAUGUCUACAUGAUGUCUAAUGCAGUUCAUAUUGUGGAGUACCUAGCAACAAUAGAAGAGAAGGAUGGGUACAAGAAGUGGGACCAGGAGGCAUAUAUGCUACAGACAGGAAAGAACUAUACAAUGGAUGUCAUACUGGGGGAAAAUGGCAAUGUUCCAAUACGUGCAGAUCCACAGGAGGGUCUGAUAUUUCAUGUCACUUUGGAGACGGGGAUUUACUACAAGAAGUUUCGAGUGCAGGUAAAGGUCAACGGGCCUAUGAUUAUACAAGAUGUGCAGGUUAAAGAUGCUGACAAUGAUGACAAUGCAGCUGUUUGCAUGGUCCUAACAGAAGCUGGCAACAUUGCUCAACAUGAAGAGAAUGCAGGCAACAGUCACAGUGGCCCUGCAAAGAAAGAUGUCACCAGUAUACAUGCACAAAUUGUACAUCCUCCAGAACAAACCUGGCAUUCAGGCCGUCAAAGUACAGUUCUGUUGAUGAUUGAUGAGUAUGACCCUUCCACAUGUGAGACUUCCACCAUCAACUACCAACUAGUAUGCAUGCUCAUCGAAGCAGGGGUCAAGGUGUAUUGCAUUGUGCUAGUAAAACCUAGGAGCGAAGUCAUGGAGGAUGUAGAACUACUUCUCCCCAAACGUGAUGUUGGGGACCAUCGUAAACCAUCCAUAACAUGGCUGACAUUUGAUCACCGUACCAGAUACCCUAACCUCCCAGAAGGCAUUACGCACAUUGUUGGGCACGUAGACAUCACAAGCCAGGCAGCCAAUACGUUCAAAGAACAGCGCCUGCCGGCAUAUGUGAAGGUCAUCCUCUUCUACUAUGUGAUACCGGAAGAUGAGGACUACUAUAGAGGCAAUGAGGAAGCCAUGGGUAUUGCGUCCAAAAAGAAGUCGAUUUGUAAAGAUGCAGCAAAGGCUGACAUCCUCUUCUCUGUUGGACCAAAAGUUCAUGACUACUACGAGAACGAGCACAGGGGCAUUCAGCCAACGCCACAGCACCAUUUGUUCCUGCCAGAGCCACCAAGCAUCUUCAGGGACACACAGGUCAAGUAUGUGGAGACAAAGAGGAAGGUUGUCUUGUCCAUUGGUCCAGUCAAAGGAGCUGAGAUGUUGAAAGGGUUCGACUUAGCUGCUGGUGCAAUGAGCAUUGUCAUCACGACAGACCCAGACACAAUAUGGCAGGUUCGAAACAUCUCCGAAGAUGACUUCCAGGAGAGCAAAGAGAAGAUUAAGGUCCACAUGAAAUCAGGCUCCGUCAAAUUCACUCCUCACCCGUAUGGCACACAGCAGGAGCUUUGUGAAGAUCUCAAGAAGGCACACUUGGUCCUGAUGCCAUCGCGUGCUGAGCCAUUUGGAAUGGUCGGCCUGCAGGCCAUUGCGGCAGGCGUUCCCAUUUUGACUUCUAGCAGUUCGGGACUUGCAAAGUUCGUCAUGGAAUAUGCACCAAUGUUCAGACACAGUAUUGUCGAAAUCACUGACAGCGAGACAGAUACUAUAAAGGCUACCAAAGAGUUAGCAAAGCGCAUCACAAAGAGACUGACAGAUAGCAAGGCUGAGUUCCAAGAGGCAGCACGCAUUAGGGAAGACUUGUUGGAGUCAAAGUACUGGAUGGAAUCUAAGCAGCUCUUCCUGCAGGCAUGUGAUGCAUGCGAGCCUUGAAGAUACAAAUCACUGUACAUAUCUGUAAAAUGUCUUAAAAUGUCUUAAAACUUCCAAUUGCUAUUUGAUAAACAUUUAGCAAGGAGGUUGCCCAGAAUAAGCACCUGCUACGGCCUUUUGUUUUGCGGCGUUUAGAUCCCGCUGGGGCCGGCGGCUGGUGCCAAAAAUCCAUACGAGCAAAAAAUGACGUCACCACUGUCGGCCAUCCCCAAGUCCACUCCGAUCAGGGCCCGAUAUGCCAUAGUGUUCAGACCAGACUUUUGAAAACCGGUUGAAACCGCUAAAUAAUUAGC